AUGGAUCUGCAAGGGAUGACUCUGGCCUUUCUCCUGGUCCUUGCCCCUCUGCUGCUAGCACGGGGACAGAAGGACCCUGGUCCCAAGAAUCAGGGGGCAACCAAGGAGGCAGAAACAUGCCAAAGGCUUCACUGGGGCCGAGGACUCCAGCUGGCACCAGACCAGGACAGUUACAAGAAGAAUGAAGAAGUGAUACUGAGUUGCCCUGAUGGUUUCCAGCCAUCCUUUACCCAUGUCAAAUGUACAGGAAAAGUCCUGUCCAUCAUCAAUGGAAAACCUGUAUACAGAGAAACUUGGAAUGGAAGGAACAGCAAAGGCAGAUGGAUCAACAUUCAGUCCAUGUUCAGUGUGGAAUGCAUCGAUAUCCUCCAGGUUGUCCCUGGGACCUUGGAGAUUUCCAGCACCAGCAUCAAACUGAACUGGACCUGCAGGCUCCCGGAUGCCUGCCAGCGCAUUUGGGCCAGGUGCCGGCUGGAAGAACAUUCCUCCCCUCCCUGUGAGGCUGAGGACGUGAAGGGAGAGGAGAUGUUACAAGGGCAGGAGGGAACAUUCACCUGUCCCCCUCUGCAGCCCUUCACUGUCUACAGUGUCACUGUCUCCCUGCCCCCCAGCACGAUCCUGUAUACACGGCUCCUCAGGACAAAGGAAACAGUGCCGGACAAACCGGAGAAGCUGUGGCUGGAUCCCAACACAGGGUCCCUCAGGUGGAAGGCUCUGCCCUCCUGCAAAGGGGAGAUCAUCGGAUACCAGCUGAACAUCACAGCCAGGAGAGCGCAUGAUGGCAGCUUCCUUGAAUUCAGGCAGGUGUUGGUGAACCAGUCUGUCACUCAGUACACGCCACUUCAACAGGCACCAGGAAGCAAAUACAUGGUGACAGUGCAGGGCCUCACCGUGGCUGGUGCUGGGGCUGCGUCACUGCUGGAAUUUCAAACCUACGUCUCAGUUUCAGGACAGUCUCUGGGACUCUGGCCAAGGUCAGCAGUCACAGUAGUGGUGGUGGUGCUGGUGCUGGUCCCCCUGUCUGCAGGGAUCCUGUGGUUUGUGCUGUCUAGGAAAAGGAAGGCCUUGCCCAGCAAAGUCGAGGAGGAUCAUUACACAGAGCUCCAGCCCUAUGAGAACUUGGAUAAUUACUGCGUGAUCAAGGAGAAUCUUCUGGCAGAUGCAGGUAAAUGUGGCCAGGCUGGAGAGACGUUGCCCGAGCCCCUGCCUGUCCUGCAGUCCUAA